AUGUCUUCAAUGAAUGGAAAAAUAAAACUAAAGUUUAAUAAAUCAAUUAUAUCAACUGCAGAUAAUAUUAUUCCAACAAACGAAUUAUCAAACCGCCUAAGUGAUUUACACGAAGAAUUAUCUACUAUAUCACAAGAAAAUAUAGACUUAAUAUCUUUAGAUAAAUAUAGUAAAGAUUUAAUAAAUAGAAAGCUUCUUAGACAUAAGGAUGAUGGUAUUAGAGCCUUUGUUAGUUGCUGCUUAAGCGAUAUUUUAAGACUCUAUGCUCCAAAUGCUCCAUAUACUGAUGUGCAAUUAACCGAUAUAUUUAAACUUUUUCUAGCUCAAUUUGAAAUGUUAGGAGAAUCCGAUAAUCCUUAUAUAAUUCAACAGACUUAUUUGAUUACUAAAAUUUUGGAAUACAGAUCUAUUGUUUUACUAGCUGACCUACCUAGUUCAAAUAAAUUACUGGAAGAAAUUUUUGAAAUCUUUUAUGAUGAUAGAAAAUUGUUUCCCUCUAAACUUUAUUCUGUUAUUGGCAGUCUCUUAGGUGAACUUUUAUCGGAAUUUGAUUCUGUCCCAAUAAAUGUUUUAAGGUUAAUAUUCAAUAAAUUUCUAACUUAUAAUCCAAAUGAUAUACCAAAAGGACUCGGAACAAUUUCUAAUACUGGUUACGAAUUAUCACUUAUACUUUGUAAUUCUUACUCCAACAGAAUCAGUAGACAAUUAACCCGAUAUUAUUCCGAGAUAUUAUAUCAAGUGACCAAAGACGAUGAAUUUGAUAACAGUGCAACCUCAAUGACGUACACAUCAAAUGAAAAAAUCAUAAAAACUAUUACAAAAUUACAUAGAUUGGUAAUUAGAUUAUGGGAAACAACCCCAGAGCUGAUUAGUGCUAUAAUCGGUUAUAUUCAACAUGAGUUAUCCUCUCCUCACGAUGAUAUUAGAAAAGCUGCUACUAAAUUGGUCGGCCAACUCAUAAGUAUCCAUCCUAAUAAUAUUAGCUUUCUCCCUACAUAUCAAGAAGUGUUCGAUGCUUGGAUAUUAAAGAUAACUGAUAUCAGUUCUGAAGUCAGAAUGCAAUGGGUUGAUACUCUCCCUCAAAUAAUAUCAUCUGGAAAUAAUGUGUCUGAAGAGUUAAGUAAAGGCUUAAAUAAGACACUUAUAGAUUCUGAUGUCCAAGUAAGGAAAAGUUCUGUUCAAGUGUUUGAAAAAGUUCCAGUUCAACAAAUUUGGCAAAAUAUUAAUGAAGUAUCCGUAUAUUCAUCUUUAUUAUACUUAACUAGAGAAAAAAACAAAGAAAUUAGGGAACUAGCUAUAAUGAUAUCAGGUAAGCUUUACUCAGCUUCCAUUGAAUCUAUUGAUAGAACUCCUGAUAACAAUGACAUAUGGGAAGUUGUGGACACAAUUCCUUCUAUCUUGCUAAACUUAUACUAUAUUAAUAAUAAACAUAUUAAUGAAGAGGUUGAUAGGAUAAUGUUCGAGUAUAUUUUACCAUUACAAACUGAUGAUAAAAAAAGAGUAGAACGUCUUUACACAGUUUUAUCAAACUGUGAUAAUAAAUCAUUUACAGCAUUUUCUGCAUUUAACAAACGUCAAAUUCAAAUGUCACUGGCCUUAUCAAAAUAUGUUCAAUUUUGUGAGAUGUUAAAUCAGCAAGACAAGAAAAAAAAUCUAGUUCAUAAUAGUACAGAUAAUAAUUUUGAUUUAGAAAUUAGAAUAAAGUUCAAUAAAACUUUAGAAUGGCUUUCUAACUCCUUAUCAGCCAAAAUGAAAGCCUUGGAAUCAUUGAAAUUAAUCAAAGAAUUUAAUGAUUCUAGAAUAUUUUUCUUAAUUAAAUCAUGUAUCGCUAACGAUACGUCAAUAACUACCAUUAAAAAUAGUAUGAAGGAAUUAAUGAUCAAAUUAGAAGAUCCUGGGCUAUUUAGAAAGUAUGAUAUUCCUUCUGUAUCUACCAUCCUACCAAAGGAUUUAGCAUUACAGAUAAAAAUUCUAUUAUUUAGAGCUGCACCUUUAAUUUACAACACGUCGAACAUCAAUAUAUUUUUAAAUGAUUCAGAAUUAAGUGAUAAUAAAAAUAAGGAACUGAGAAGAAGGCUUCUUGAUGAUAUCGCCAAUGUUAAUCCCACAUCCUUUAAAGAUCAGGUUGUUAAAUUAAGAGAACUUGUCAAUUCUUUUGAUAUAAAAACAAUUGGUAAUAAUGAAAGAACUGUACAAUUAAGUGAUACACUGAAAACCCUUUAUAAGAUUGUGAAAGUAUUGAAGGAUGACGUUGAUUUCGAUAAUAAUUUUUUCAUGAAUAAACUAAAAGAACUUGUUAUAGAAGGUACAAUACCUGUCACUAAAUAUGCUACAAAGAUCUUAGCAUAUUCCAAGGAUUCGAAUGAACUAUUAAAUAAUAUCAAGAAUUCUAUUUUACCAUUAAAUAUAAAGCAAGAUAAGAACUUUGCUUCACAUAUUUCAGCAUUAAUGGAAAUAUUAAGAUUUCACCCUCAAAUUCUUGAUGAAAAUUCUACUGAAAUAGUUACAUAUGUAAUAAAAGAAGUAUUAUUAGCAAACCAAGUCACUGGUAAUAUCGAAGAAUACGAAACCGACUGGAUAGAUGACAAUAGCCUAAUUAUAACAGAAAAUAAUAAAUUAAAACCUUUAAAUGAUAAAAUUUUUACAUUAAAGCUAUUAACCAAUAAAUUAAGAUCUAUCGCCCCUGAUGUCCAUAAAAAUGAUUUGUCAAGAAAUUUUGCUGAAAGAAAUCUAAAAUUGUUUUUCUAUAUUAUUGCAAGUGGUGGUGAAUUAAUAUCUGAACAAAACAAAGAAAACUACCCUACCCCAGAUAUAUUUCAAACUAAAUUAAGAUGCUAUGCGGGAUUACAAAUUCUAAAACUAGCAAAAGUAGCAAAUAUGAGUGAUUUUAUUACAGCAUCCGAUAUUAUUAAAUUAAUUAACCUUGUAGAGGAUGAAUGUCUUCCUGUAAGAACACAGUUUUUGGAAACAUUAAAAACAUACAUUUCUGAUGAAUUAAUUUCAAUAAAAUUUUUGCCACUUAUAUUUUUUACAGCUUAUGAACCUAAUAGUAAUUUAAAGUCAAUAACAAAAACCUGGAUUAAUUAUACAGUUGGAAAAUCAUCAUUUAGGAAAGGCACUUUCUUUGAAAGGGCAUUACCUAGAUUAAUUCAUGCCGUCUCCCACCAUCCAGAUAUUAUCGAAGGAUUAAAUGGAGAUGAAAAAGAAUACUUAGCUGCACUAAAGACAUCCUUAGACUAUCUUAUUUUCUAUUUUGACUCUAUUGCAUCCCAGGAAAAUUUCAGUUUACUUUAUUAUUUGUCAGAGAGAGUAAAGAAUUACCAAGACAAUAUUGAGGAUGAGGAAGAAGAAGAAGAAGAAGAAAGCAGGAAGGAAAAUAGAGAUGAAAAUGAGGAACUUACAAUAAAAAAAACAAACAAUGAAAGAAUGUAUAUUGUAGGUGAACUAGCGCAACUUAUUUUAUUAGAAUUAAAAAAUAGGUGUGGUUGGCAACAUAUUGCAUACCCUAGUAAAUUAAACCUUCCUAAUGAUUUAUUCAAACCUUUCAAUACUGUUGAAGAGGCUCAAGCAUCUUUCAAAACAUAUAUUCCCGAUAAAUAUUUGGUAAAUAUAAAAUCGACGAUCAAGUUAAAAACAAACAAGAUUAUCCACACGUCACAGACGCAAAGACAAAAAGCACAAAAGAGAUUACUUGACAAUGAAUAUUCUAAUGAUAACUUAACUGACGCACAACGUAUAAAAAGGAGCCGGAUUGAAAGAAAACAAAAAAAAAGAGAUACCAAUAGUGAUGCUGAAGAUUCUGAAGCCCCUUAUGUUCUUCCUGAAGGUAAGAUAGUUUAUAAUAAUGUUCGCAAAAAAAGUUUAAGACAAAGGAAAGUUAUCAAUUACAAUGAGGAUGAUGAUUAA